AUGUUUAAAUAUUUGCAUAGGUCUACACUUCUAUUGCAGCAACAGAGUAGUUCUUUCCUCAACUCUCCAGCUGCUUAAACCCAGUUCAUGAGAAUGAGUGCCUAGUAUUUCUCAAUUACUCCAGGAGUCUUCCAUGACCCCACUCAGAAUAAGUACUAGGAAAACAGAAUGUUAUUCUUCUCUGACCCUACUCCAGAGAAGAAGCACCAGGCAGUCAAGCCUCGUACAAUCAAGGACAUCAAGAAAAUCUAGAGUUUCGUCAAGGAAUACAGAUCUGUCCCUGGAAAAUCACUCAAUGAAUCAAUUAAAAGUAUGGCGAAGAGAGAUGAGGGCUUUAACGAGUUCUUGAAAAACUUCAAGGCUAAAAACGAACAAGGAUGGUCGAACAUCAUUGAUUUAACUCAAGAGGAGCAAGAAGCUAGAUUACUAGAGAAGUCUCCAGAUUAUAGAAAGAAUGAGAUGAUUAUGAUGGAGGAAUUCAGAAGAAGAAAGAAUCUUCAAAGAUAUUAUGAACUGAUGAAAGAGAAGCAUAAGUUGAGAAUGAAGGCAAGAGGUAAAAAACACAAGUACUACGAUAUGGAUGAUUUGGCUGUCGAAGCUGGUACCCAAUAUCCCUAGGCUGGACCUGAAAGAUUCUUCACACCUACCAAGGAGGAGACCUUUAAUCCCAAUGAAUUCACUCUGAUGUUUAUGGACUCUGAUUCAGUCACAAAUGUUACAGCAUUAAACAGAACAAACCACAGAAGAAUUUUACUAUUUAUUGGUAAUUCGAAUGGACUUAUCAGCUAUGGAAUGGGCAAAGGAGUCGACUAUGAACUAGCUUUUGAAGAUGCUUACAAGACCCUUAAGAAGAAUUUAAUUAUCCUAGACAUGUGCCAAUUAAAUACCUCGCCAGAGCCAAUGUUUGCUAGACACAAUGAUUAUCAGAUAAGGAUCUUCCCACAAGAAACACCAAACUAUUGGGGUCAUCCAGUUAUCUGGCACAUGCUCAUGAACACUGGCUUCUUCCACUGUAGGUUUGCAGUUAAGAGCAGAAAGAGAGAUCCAUAUUCUCUAGUCUACGCUUUCGUAAAGGCUGUCUCACCCAAUAAGAGUCUCACCACCAUUGCAUAGACGAGAAGUAUGAAGUCCCAUCAAGUAUCAUUUGGAAACACUACUACCAGGAAAAGUGGGCAGCACGCAUUCAAAUGA